UUUGGUUGCUCGGCAACCAGCUUCGUGCAGCGUUACCUGGAUAGAGAAGGUUUACGUGUGCUAGCUAGGACACGGAAUGGCUCAUCAUUUAAGUUCAAGGCCUAGCAGAGCAUCUGUUUCUGUUACAAGUGUAACAAAACCUUCAAAGAAUGGUAAUGGGAAUCAGCAACCGGUAAUCCUUACUGCUGUGGCUCUGCAAGAUCACAUACUACAAAAUCUCCAGCUGAAGAACCUUUCUUUAUUGGAUCCAUGUAAAGAAGUCAGCAGCAUGAGAAGUUCCAGACCAGUGAAUAGAAAGAAAAUGAAAGCUGUUGUAGAUACUGGAAUUAGGAGGAAACAAGCAGACAAACUUACACCGAACAGGACAGAGGAGGAGUAUGUGCUCGACCCUGCUGGACCACCACUAACUUUGGCUCAGAGACUUGGCAUUGUGGAAGCCCCAGCAAAGCCAUUAACCGAUGAUGAAUGGAAGAGAGUGAAGCAGAGAUCUGUUGAGCAGGGCGACUCUUUACAACCCUGUGCUAUCUGUAAAGAAGAGUUUGAAAUGAACCCGCAGGUGCUGCUUUCCUGCUCUCAUGUAUUUCACAGGGUAUGUUUGGAAGCCUAUGAGAGGUUUGCUGGCAGGAAGGUGUGUCCAAUGUGCCGAAAGAAUCACUAUCAGACCAGAGUAAUACAUGAUGGAGCUCGACUAUUCAGAGCAAAAUGUGCUACCAGGAUUCAGGCAUGCUGGAGGGGAUACAUAGUGCGAAAAUGGUACAAAAAGUUACGCCAAACAACGCCUCCUAAAGACCCUGAAUUGCGGAAGAAGUUCUUUGAAAAGAAGUUCACUGAAAUAUCCGACCGCUUGUUGAGAUCCUGCAGCACAGACAUUGAUGUGCUUUUCAGUGAGAUCGACCGGUCAGUCGCUGCAAGUCGUAGUGUCUUCCAUCAGUUGGAGGAAAACUUCAACAGAGACAUCAGUGAUGCAGAUUGGGAGAGGAUACAAGUACAGGCUGUUCAUCAGGAAAUCUCUGACUGCCCGAUAUGUAUCACAGCACUGAAUUACAAUGAUCAUAGAGGCCUGUCCUCAUCCCGACCGAUUGUCCUUCUGUCCUGCUCACAUGUCUUUCAUCAUGCUUGUCUUCAGGCCUUUGAGGAUUUCUCAGUUGGAAAAUGUCCGAUUUGUCCUUUGUGCCGAUCUCCAUACCAGAAGAAAAGGUUUCCCUAA